AGGAAGCCAUUGUCUAGUGACACCUGCCCAAGAGCUGGGCUCAUACCUGGUAUCCAGUUCAAAGGGCUUUCUGCCUCCUAGUGAAGAUGUCCAUGGUCUUUCUGUGAAGCUAAGGUAUGGCUGCCGGAAGGUUAUUGCUCUAUGCCGGUCUCUCUUUAGCGUUGUGUGCUCUAGGCAUGCUGGCUGUGGCAAUCUGCUCUGACCAUUGGUACGAAACCGAUGCCAGGAAGCACAGGGAACGGUGCAAAAGCAUCACCACCCGGAGGAAUGACCCCGGCUUCAUUUACAACUCUAACAACAACCUGCCCCUCAGAGCCAGCAGGUCUAGAUUGGACCGUUGGGAAGGGAAACUUCUCUUGGCAAGAAACAGGAGGCAGCUCUUUGCCAUGAGUGCCGUUGAUGAGUGCAACAGACAGUACAACUCUACUAAUAUGGGGCUGUGGAGGAAAUGCCACCGGCUGGGAUUUGACCAGGACUUGGAGGAGCUCAUUGCUAAAGCAUUUGGCCAACAAGGAGCAAUUGAACAGUGUUCAUACAUCAAGUACCACUACUCCUCAGCAACAAUUCCCAAGAACCUCACCUACAACAUUACGAAGACCAUCCGCCAGGAUGAGUGGCAUGCCUUGCACUUGCGCAGAAUGACAGCAGGCUUCAUGGGCAUGGCUGUGGCCAUCAUCCUCUUCGGAUGGAUUAUCGGGGUGCUGGGCUGCUGCUGGGAUCGAGGCCUUAUGCAGUAUGUGGCAGGACUUCUCUUCCUCAUGGGAGGAACCUUCUGCAUCAUUUCGCUGUGCACCUGCGUGGCUGGGAUCAACUUCGAGCUCUCCCGAUACCCCCGGUACCUGUACGGACUUCCGGACGACAUCAGCCAUGGCUACGGCUGGUCCAUGUUUUGCGCAUGGGGAGGCCUGGGUCUCACUCUGAUCUCCGGCUUCUUCUGCACCUUGGCCCCUUCUGUUCAACCUGUCCCCAGGACCAACUGCCCCAAAUCGAGACCUGAGAAUGGGACAGUGUGCUAAAACAGAUACAAACAAACCUAUCAAUAUACAUAUUAUAAAUAUAUAUAUAUAUAUAUAUACAUAAACAUAUAUCAUAUAUAGAUCUCAAACGGAUGCCAGUGCCAAUGUAGAGUGGAGUCCAAUAUGGCGCCCACGUCUCCUCUACAGACUUUGUAUCGCUCUUGUUCUUUCUCCUGGAGGUGGAAAUAGCUUUUCUGCACCAUUGCUCUUCCAUCUAGUUCUUUAAAAAACAAACAAAAACACACACCUUCAGCAUCCCAGUUCCAAAAGUCAAGUGAACAUAUUGUUUCAUCUGACUACUGCUGGUUAGGGGUGGGUUACAGUAGGGCUUGGGAAAGGGGUGUUUCUUGGGGUAUGUGAUAACUGAGUUUGUAUAAGAAGCUAAAACACACACACACACACACACAGUCUUGCCUGUUGCAAAUUGGGGAAACAGAAAUCAAACAUUUGUGUUACCUCUCUCUAAAAUGUAAGCUCCUCAAGGCCAUCUUCAGAACCACCCCCUUUUCCUGCACUCUCUCCUCUUUUUAAACAACAACAAAAAAUCUUGCCUGUUAAUUUUGUCUGACUUACCAAUAAAAGGGGGUGAACUAGAA